GAUCAGUCCACUGUAGACCAAUGAUUCUCCAGCCAUGAACAUAUCACUCAGCGCUGUGAAGCUAAGAGGAGUGCUUAAGCACGCUGAGAGGUCGGUGUCAUGGCGACCGGAGGGUUUAGCUGGGCGGUGGCUGGUGAUUGCAUCAAGCGGGGAGUGCCUGCUGGACUAUGUUCAAGGAGCCUGUGAUGCCGAACGUGAGUUGCCCGUAACCCAGCUAUGCUCCUUAGCCGUGGCACUCCAGCAGUUCAUGGAGACAGCAGUCCACGAAGACGGACCUGCAACUGGAAGAACAACGCAUGCAGUGGUUUUCGACACGUGCCUUUUAGCCAUUGCUGCUGGCCACAUUUUCUCGGUCUUGGCGGUGGUCUCGCUCCCCCAGGUGGCCAAUCCGGAAGCUCCGACAGUGCCAUCCUCGGCAGCCCUUCGGUUCAAGGCUGCUGAGAUCCAUGUUGCUUUGAGCACUGGGGAGCUGGGUGAGGAGAUCAAGAAGUUGGCAACCCAUUCUGCAGAAUCAAGAGGUGAGAAGGUGUCAGACUACACCCUUUCGUCCUGCUUGACUGAAGAGGCAGCCGCCUUGCGCCUUCCUUUGGAGAUGGCAAGUCCAAUGCAGGAGGCCUUUGCUGGAGCCCUCCGAAAUGGCUAUGACACACUGCUGGCGGAAGCCCAUGCGAAAUUGUCAGAUGGAGACAGGCAGAAAGUGAGUCGACUUUGCAUCUUCGACGCUCGCAUGGAGUUCCUGGCAUUCCUGUCAAGGGAUGAGGAUUCCAUGGAGAAGUUCGACACUCGCUGGAAGCAAAUGCAGCUCCUGCAGUGCGCGGCAAAGAGUUUGAUUCAAGCUGGUCCUGGCGCAGCUGGUGCGGCUGGCGCUAGCAGUGGAGCAAAGGGCCCUGAAAUUGUUGAGAAGAGCACAUCGCUUUGGGCAUGGCAAACAGUGCCACGAUGUUUGGAAGUCGCUGUCCUAUGUAGUUUUGCCUUCCCCGUCUUUGUGGGAGCCAUGGUCGAACUGAACCUGGCCGAGGGCUGCUUCUCUAUGGAUCCAACAAGUGCAGGUUCCUUGCUGCACCGGGUGUUGCCCGAAGAAGUCGAGAUGCACCAGCGCACCGCGACCAUAGGAGGUGUUCUGGACUCUUUGGCGAAGCAACUCUGCGGAGCAAUGGGCCUGCAAUACCACAGUGCGAAGCCAAGAGUAGUGGUGGAAGCGAAGCCCAACUCGUCCGACUGAAGGGGCAGAAGCGGGUGGCGGGCCCCUGAACACCGGGGUGCUUGACCAUCCAUGUGAGCCCAGAAAAAGGAGAAGAUCUA